AUAGGUUGGCAUCUGAGGCUCCAGUCUGUAGCAGCCAGUUGUCAUUUUUGCAGUUUCUUUUAUUAGUUCGGACAUAUUCUGUUACUACAACCAUGCCAAAAAGCUCGGAACAGCACUCUUACUUGGUUCUGGAGAACUACAUUGGAGGAAUGUUUGUCUCUUGUAGAAAUUACAUUGACUCCUACAACCCCUCCACUGGUGAGGUGUACUGCAAAGUACCAGACAGCAGCAAAGAGGAGGUGGACGCGGCAGUGGCAGCGGCUAAAGAAGCCUUUCCUGAUUGGUCAGCUCGUAGUCCACAGCAGCGAGCAGAAGUCCUCAACAAGCUGGCCAACCUGAUUGAAGCCAACAUGGAGGAGUUCAUUCAAGCUGAGUCCAAGGACCAAGGUAAAACUGUGACAUUUGCUCGGGCCGUGGAUAUACCCAGGUCUGUCCAGAACUUCCGCUUCUUUGCAUCAUCCGUGCUCCACCAUACCACCGAAUGCAGCCAGAUGGACCACAUGGGCUGCCUGAACUACACCGUUCGCUGUCCGGUUGGAGUUGCUGGCUUGAUCAGUCCCUGGAACCUCCCUCUGUACCUGCUAACGUGGAAAAUUGCACCGGCAAUCGCCACGGGCAACACUGUGGUGGCCAAACCGAGCGAGAUGACCUCUGUGACUGCUUGGAUGAUGUGCAAGCUUAUGGAGGAAGCUGGAGUCCCUCCAGGUGUAGUCAACAUCGUGUUUGGCACUGGUCCAAGAGCAGGAGAUGCCCUUGUUGCCCACCCAGAUGUCCCGCUGAUCUCCUUCACCGGCUCCACUGCAACUGCCCAGCGUAUUACAGAGCGGAGCGCCCCCUACUGUAAGAAGCUCUCCCUGGAGUUGGGAGGUAAAAACCCAGCCAUUAUUUUUGCUGAUGCAGACCUAGAACAGUGCAUUGAGACAACCGUUCGCUCCAGCUUUUCCAAUCAGGGAGAGAUUUGCCUGUGCACCAGUAGAAUUUAUGUGGAGAGGAACAUUUACUCUGAGUUUUUGGAAAAAUUUGUAGCUGCAGCUAGGAAGUGGAAGACUGGUGAUCCAUCUAACCCAAGCAACCACAAUGGAGCUCUUAUUAGCAAAGAGCACCUAGAGAAGGUUCGCAGCUUUGUGGCGCUUGCCAAAUCAGAAGGAGCCAUAAUCCACUGUGGUGAAGGAGUCGACCUCCUUGAUCUUCCUGAGCCCAACAAAUCUGGCUACUUCAUGCCCCCUACAGUUAUCUCAGGCAUCUCUGACUGUUCCCGGGUCAUGCAGGAGGAGAUCUUCGGCCCGGUCACCUGCAUCUGCCCCUUUGACACAGAGGAUGAGGCCGUUGUCAGGGGAAACGGGGUCCGCUAUGGCCUGUCAGCUACUGUGUGGUCCAGGGACGUGGGAAGGGUUCACCGUUUGGCCCAGCGGCUACAAGCUGGACUGGUGUGGACCAACUGCUGGCUGGUGAGAGAUCUGAAUCUGCCAUUUGGUGGAAUGAAACACUCCGGUGUGGGCAGGGAGGGAGGGAAAGAUUCCUAUCACUUCUUCACAGAGGUGAAAAGCAUCACUAUCAAACACUGAUGUGAACGAGUGUCAUGAUAAUACUGGAAAGAUGAUUUAUACAAACAUGGGAGAAAUUGUAUUUCUUAUCUUUGCAUGCAUCAAUGUUUGCCAGCAGCUAUGCAGAAUUUUAUCAAUAAAUUUGUCUUUCCAUCCUCACGGAUAUCUAGAACCAAGAAUUAAGUUACAACAGUUAAAGAUUGAAGUCAUACAACGUACAUGUUGAAACCAUAGAAAUGUAUACAGUAAUACUUUAAUGUCCAAUGAAAAGCCAAUAAACAAUAAUACUGUUAUAAAAAGCA